AAACAGAACACUUGGGCGUCCCUGCCAACAUUUCCCAAGCAAGGGGAGGAGUUCUUUGCACGGAUAAAUAGGUGUCAGCACCCGUGAAAAUCCAGCACUCCGGGCAGGCGGUGGCUUUGGAAUCCACUGAGUACGUCCAGCUGUAGAGGCAGAGCAGAGGACAGAGGGCAUGUCACCCCUCUUGGCUCUGGGGCUCCUGGUGGCCGGGCUCUGUCCCACUGUCCACUGCCUCCCGGAGGGCAUGCGUGACCCGGAGAACGUCACCCAGGAGGAUCUACCCAAUGAGACGUCUGAGAACAGCCUCCGAUUAGCCUCCAGCAACACCGACUUCACCCUCAGCCUCUACAAGGAGCUGGCUUCGAAGAGCCCAGACAAGAAUGUCAUCUUCUCCCCGAUGAGCAUCUCCAUUGCCUUGGCCUUCUUAUCCCUGGGGGCCCAAGGCACCACCCAGACCGAGAUCCUCGAAGGCCUCAAGUUCAACCUCACGGAGAUCCCCGACAGGGAGAUCCACCGGGGCUUCCAGCACCUGCUGCGGGCCCUCCACCAGCCCAGCAGCGAGCUGCAGCUGAGCGUGGGCAAUGCCAUGUUUGUGGGGGAGCAGCUGAAGCUGCUAGAGACGUUCGUGGAAGACGCCAGGGCGCUGUACGCCUCGGAGGCCUUCUCCACCAACUUCCAGAACUCUGCUGCCGCCGAGAAGCUCAUCAACGACUAUGUGAAGAAUAGGACGCAGGGGAAAAUUGUGGAUUUGGUCAAGGACCUUGACCUACACACAGCAGUGGUCCUGGUGAAUUACAUCUUCCUUAAAGCCAAGUGGAAGACACCCUUUGACCCCCGAGAUACUUUCAAGUCCAAGUUCCAAGUGAGCAAGAGCAGGUCGGUGAAAGUGCCCAUGAUGAACCUUGAGGACGUGUGGGUGCCUUACUUCCGGGACGACGCGCUGUCCUGCACAGUAGUGGAGCUCCAGUACACCAGCAACGACAGUGCGCUCUUCGUCCUCCCCGACGAGGGCAGAAUGGAGGCAGUGGAGGCCAUGCUGCUCCCAGAGACGCUGAGGAGGUGGACACACUCCCUGCAGAUGAGGAGGAUAGACAACCUCUACCUGCCAAAGUUUUCCAUCUCCAGCAGCUAUAAUCUGGAAGAUGUCCUUCCCCAGCUGGGCGUGAGAGAAGUCUUCACCAACCAGGCCGACCUGUCGAGAGUCACAGGGCACAAGAACCUGGCAGUUUCCCAGAUAGUUCACAAGACCCUGCUCGAUGUGACCGAGUUGGGCACAGAAGCCGCUGCCGCCACGGGAGUAAAGUUGUUUUUUUUAUCUGGAAAGAUCGGCCCACUGGUCACUGUUCGUUUCAACAGACCCUUUCUGUUCUGCAUACACCACAAAGAUACGGAGAACAUCCUCUUCUGGGGCAAGGUCACCAACCCCAAUCAAGCCUAGGCCUCCCCCCGCAGAGGUGGGGCCCCUUUCAGAGGUCUGUGCGUGCAGCCUGGCCUCUCUGCACCGAGGAGCCACGUGCCAGGCUCUGCCCUGCUCAUCCUUUAGAAGGUGCCAGUGACUACCUGCUGGCUUCCAGGGAG